UCAGCAAGUGCGAGCGCGCCUGCAACCGGCGCAAAGCCCACCGCCAUCGUCUGCGUCGGCAUGGCGGGCUCGGGCAAGACGACAUUCAUGCAACGGAUCAAUGCGCAUCUGCACGGACAGAAGGAGCCGCCAUAUGUCAUCAACCUCGACCCGGCCGUGCUGAACGUGCCCUUUGAGUCCAACAUCGACAUCCGCGACUCGGUGAACUAUAAGGAGGUCAUGAAGCAGUACAACCUGGGGCCCAACGGUGGCAUCCUGACCAGCCUGAACCUGUUCGCGACCAAGGUGGACCAGAUCGUAGGACUGCUGGAGAAGAGGGCCGACCCAGAAGAAGGGAAAAAGCCCAUCAAGAACAUCUUGGUGGACACGCCGGGCCAGAUCGAGGUCUUCGUGUGGUCGGCGUCGGGCCAGAUCCUCCUCGAGUCGCUCGCCUCGUCGUUCCCGACCGUCAUCGCCUAUAUCAUCGACACGCCGCGGACCGCCUCGACGAGCACCUUCAUGUCCAACAUGCUCUACGCAUGCUCGAUUCUCUACAAGACGAAACUGCCCAUGAUCUUGGUCUUCAACAAGGCCGACGUCAAGGAUCCCUCGUUUGUCAAGGAAUGGAUGACGGACUACGAUGCCUUCACGGAGGCGCUGCAGGAGGAUGAGGCAAACAACGCCUUUGGCGGUGUCGAGGGCGAGGGAGGAGGCAGCGGAUACAUGAGCAGUCUUCUCAACUCAAUGAGCUUGAUGCUGGAGGAGUUCUAUACACAUCUGAGCGUGGUGGGAGUGUCGUCCAUGACGGGACAAGGUGUGGAUGACUUCUUCGCGGCAGUCCAGGUGAAGACGGAGGAAUUCAACCGGGAUUACCAGCCCGAGCUGGAGAGGAAGCGGGCGGAACGCGAGGACGUCAAGCGCAAGACCAGAGAGAAGGAACUGGAGAAGAUGAUGAAGGGAAUGGGUAUGGAUUCUGGCUCAGGGAGCGCUUCAAGGGAUGUCAUCAAACCACCAACAGAUGAUGACGAUGAUGUCCUGGUACCCAGCGACGACGACGACGAUAUCGGCGACGACGAUGAGAUGGACAGGGAAGGGCUGCAGGCAAGGUAUGAGGCAGCCAUGCAGGGCAAUGCCGACUCGACAGCGGCAGAUGCGAGCUUUGCCAAGUUCCUACAUACACAGAGGCAG